AUGGCGGACUCACUCACCUGCUAUAGUCAAGCACAAACACUCAAGGCGGACUGGUGCCCCAGGGGGACCUUGUGGCAAAGAUUGACGCUAUCUUUGAAGCUUUCUGGGCGAAACUGGCGGAAAAAGCAGCAGAUCACCAAUGGGACUCCCCAGCAAAAGACCAGAGGCAGACAUCCCAAAAUGGCCGCGGAGCACAUAAAGACAUUCAAGGGGCUACAGCACCCGCCAUUAGCGGCAGCCACCUCCCUGAACCGGGAGCUACCAAGAGAACAGUUCGCCGGAAGUGACCAGGCAGAAGGAACAUGCCACCAACGCCUACAAGCCGCCAUCUGGGGCGACCAGUGCUGA